AUCUGGUUGCUUGCUACGUUGACUUCGAGGACCAGUGUUGAAGCUUGAAACUGAUCUUCAUCUAAUCUAAUAACAAUGAGUGUGCAAUCUAGCUUCACCUACGAUGUGUAUCUGAGCUUCAGAGGUGAAGAUACACGAUUCGGUUUUACUUCAAAUCUCUUCGCUGCUCUUAAACAAAGAAGUAUCCAUACAUUUACUGACGAUGCGCUGCUUCUUAAAGAAGAGAAUAUAUCUCAAUCACUUUUUAGGGCAAUCGAAGAGUCUAGGAUCUUCAUCAUUAUAUUCUCCCCCAACUAUGCCUCUUCUAAGUGGUGUUUGGAAGAACUAACCACGAUCCUAGAGUACUAUGAAGAGGGGAAGAAGAAAAAUUGGGGAAAAGUUUUACCAAUUUUCUAUGACGUUGAUCCUUCUGAUGUGCGAAACGGGAGAGGAAGUUAUGGAGAAGCACUGGAUAAACAUGAAGAGAUGUUCAAGGAUGACCUUGAGAAGGUCGACAAAUGGAGGUUUGCUCUGCGCAAUGCGGCUAACUUCUCCGGCUUCCAUUUCCAGAGGAGAGAUGGAAACGAAUAUAAAUUUAUCGAGAGUAUUGUAAAGGAAGUCUUUCGCAUGAUUUCUCGCGUUUCUUCUUUACAUGUUGCUGGUUACCCUGUUGGAUUGGAGUCUCGAGUGGAUAAAGUAAACUCACUUCUGAAUCUUGGGUCUGAUGAUUUAGUUCAAAUGGUAGGGAUAUGGGGAAUUGGUGGAAUAGGGAAGACCACAAUUGCUCGAGCCGUAUGUAAUUCAAUCAGUCACUUGUUUGAAGGUUUAUGUUUUCUCAAUGAUGUGAGACAGAAUUCAAUGAAGUAUGGCUUGGUACAUCUCCAAGAGACUGUUCUUUCUGAGAUAUGUGGAGAUGUAAAUAAAAUAAAGAGUGUCAACCAAGGAAUUCCAAUAAUAAAGCAGAAACUCCACCGGAAAAAGGUUCUUUUAGUUCUUGACGACGUUGACAAUUUGAAGCAACUCCAGGUUAUUGCAGGAGCAUCUGAUUGGUUUGGUCCUGGAAGCAGAAUCAUCGUUACAACUCGGGACAAGCAUUUUCUAGUAAGUCAUGCGAUUGAAAGAAUAUAUGAAGCAGACGCAUUAAGUGAAAAAGAAUCUCUUGAUUUGCUUAGUUGGAAUGCUUUUAAAACCGACAAAGUUGAUCCAUGUUUUGUAGACAUUUUAAAACGUGCAUUGACUUUUGCUUCUGGGCUUCCAUUGGCUUUGCAAGUAGUAGGCUCCUACUUGUUUGGCAGAAGUAUAAAUCAGUGGAUAAGUGCAUUGGAUCAUUAUGAAAGAGUUCCCGAUAAACAUAUCCAAACAGUACUCAAGAUAAGCUACGAUUCCUUAGAGGAAGAAGAGAAGAGUGUUUUUCUUGAUAUUGCUUGUUUCUUCAAUGGACAUAAGUUAGAAGACGUCAAAGAUAUACUUUUGGCUCGUUAUGGUGUAUCUGCAAAAUAUAGUAUUGAAGAAUUGAUUGAAAAAUCUCUCAUAAAGAUCGAUGAUGGUCUUGUGACAUUACAUAACUUGAUUCAAGACAUGGGUAGAGAAAUUGUCCGACAGGAAUCACCAUAUGAGCCUGGCAAACGCAGUAGGUUAUGGCUUCCUAAAGAUGUAGUUUGCGUUUUAGAAAAAAACUCGGGUUCUAGUACAAUUGAAAGCUUAUUUUUGGAUUUCCCCAAAGAUGAAGUGAAUUCACAUGGACCCAAAGGUAAAGAAGUAUAUUGGGAUGGACAAGCUUUAAAGAGGAUGCAAAACCUCAAAAUACUUGUUAUUAAAAGUGGUUGUUUUAACAAAGGCCCCACACAUCUUCCCAAUAGUUUAAAAGUGUUGAAAUGGCGAGGGUAUCCUUCAGCGUCAUUACCAAAUGAUUUUCAUCCGAAGAAGCUUGCCAUACUCGAGUUACCUGCAAGUUGCGUAGUGGUAACUGAACCAAUUCAGACGUUUAGAAGCCUGAAAUAUAUGAAUUUAAACUACUGUGAACUGAUAACUCAUAUACCUGAUGUAUCUGGCCUCCCAAAUUUAGAAACAUUGUCAUUUAGAGAUUGUGUGAAUUUAUCUGAAAUUCAUGUGUCAGUUGGAUUUCUGGAUAAACUUAAAAUCUUGGAUGCUGGUCAUUGCAAGAAACUUAUGGCUUUUCCACCCAUCAGAUUGAUCUCUCUUGAACAAUUCUAUAUUUCACAUUGCUCAACUCUAGAAAGUUUCCCAGAAAUAUUGGGGAAGAUGGAAAAUUUAACAGAGCUUCGAAUCAUCGGAAGUCCUAUACAAGAAUUGCCAUUUUCAAUUCAAAACCUAAAUCGGCUUCGAAAAUUAGAACUACAAAUCUGUGGAACGGUUCAGUUGCCAAGUAGCAUUGCCAUGUUUUCACAACUUGGUUUGAUGUGUGUUUCGAGAUGCGAAGGGUUAUGGUUAACAAAACAGGACAUAGGUGAAGAAUGGGAUACCAAGUCUUCAAAGACAGAACGUCUUAUUCUGUCGUACUGCAAUAUAUCAGAUGACUUCCUUCCAAUAGGUCUUACUUUGUUUGCCAAUGUAAAGGAUUUGGACCUGUCGGGGAAUCAUUUCACUAUUCUUCACGCGUGCAUUAAGGAAUGUCACUUUCUGAGGAACCUUAAGCUGAAUGAUUGCGUGCUUAUACGAGAAAUUACAGUGAUGCCAUGUAAAUUAGAAACACUUUCUGCAAAACGAUGCAAAUCCUUGAAAUACAUGGAUCUUACAGGAGAAUGUCACUCUUUGAGAGAACUUACUCUGGAUGAUUGUAUUUAUCUUCGAGAAAUUAAAGGGGUUCUGUCAAACUUGGAUCAUUUCUCUGCAAAAAACUGCACAUUAUUGACUUCCCAAUGUGCAAGCAUGUUAGUGAAUCAGGAAAUGAUCGAAGCUGGAAACAAGAUGUUUUCUUUGCCAGGAUCAAAUAUUCCGGAUUGGUUUGCGCACCGUACAAGUGGAGAGUCAAUAUCUUUCUGGUUUCGUAACAAAUUCCCUGCAAUUUCUCUGUGUCUUGUUAUUGGACAGGAAGAUGAGCUACCUAUCUCAGUCAAGUUUAGUCCAAAAGUGCUCAUCAAUGGCAAUGAACUGUCCGGUGGCAAUCAGAAAGUCUACAAGUUCAGGAUAGCUACGGAUCAUAUACUUUUGUUUGAUGCACGGAUGCUAAGUUUUGAAGAUAAUGGAGAUACAGAAUUGUCAGACUAUGAGUGGAACCAUGUGGUGGUUUCAUAUGAGGAUCUUAUUACUGACAACGGGGUUCCAAUCAGAGUGGUUGCCAAAUAUAGCGGAAUCCAUGUAUUUAAACAAACGAGUGGACUGGAGGAUAUCCAAUUCACCAAUCCCCGGAAAACAUUUAUAAAUGCGAAUUUGGGUCCCAAUUCAAUGGCAGAGCCACCUCAAAGAGAAACUUCAGAGAGUCUUUCAAAUAAUGAAGUUUAUGCUACUUUAAAAGAAAAUGACCCUCCUGUCAUUCACGGAUGUAGUGUCGACGAGGAUGCCGAUCUGGAUGCAGUAUCCUGUGAGGAAGAGUCUUCUUCCAACACUGAAGGUUCUGAUUCAGAUGAUCCCUUCGACUUGAUUAAUAGAAAACUCUGUGUUAGUUGGAAGAAAAUCAUAUCCUCAGGAUCAAGUUCUGGAGAUGCAAAUCUAAGAUCCAUUAGCGAGGCUAUUAAUGCCUUGGAGUUGUUAAUGGUGAAGGACUUAUCAGAAGUCUCUUCUGAUCCCGCAGCGCAUUCCAAACUUCAUCAGCUCUUGGAUCUAUUGGGUGCAAGUAGCCACCCCAAGGUGACUGUAGAGAUGAAGGAGGCUAUUGUGGAGUUCAAGAGAAAGGCCUUUUUAUUAUUCCAACAAUUCCAAUCCACUGUUGAGUCUGUCAAAACACUGAAGGAUUUUGAGAAGCAUCUGACCAGAAUUAAGCAAGAGACUGUGGAAGGCAAGAGUCGAAGAAAGGACCUAAAAAACUCAAUAAAAAGGGUUUCUUUGGGCAUCAAAGCCGAAAAUAGUAGUAAAAAGGAGCUAGAGUCAGAAAUUGCAGUUUUAAGAAAACAACUAGCUACCAAAGAAAGGGACCUUGAACAAUUUGUGGUGAAUCUCAAGAAUCAGGAGGAAACACUCUCGACCUAUUCAACAAGUUAUGCUUCUCUCAACGAGCAAGCUCAAUCACUAUUAAAACAAGCUGAUGAUCUACUUGCUGUAAGCAGUGGGAUAAAGGAUGAGGGUGAAGCAGCUGAAGUAGAGCAGAGUAGGCUCAGGUGGACUUGGUCUAUUGAUCUUACUGGCCAGCUUAAUCAGAUGAAAAAAAACAUUCUUGGCUUCUAACUGGUUUAUCAAGAAGCUGGAAAACAGCAUAAUAAGGAAACCAUAUUUGGUCAUGGACUUUGUUUAUUGGUAAAUCUCCUUAUUUUCAAUCUCAUUAGUUUGAGGUGCUUUCCAACUUCAAAACUAUUUGAAAAUUGUAAAACACUAAACUUUUACAUAUAUCCAUAUUGUAAAAACACUUAGGCUAAUUUGUGUGCCGAUUGUUUUAUACAUUUUAUUGGUGUCAACAAUAUUUUUUUGAAA